AUGGCCUUGCCACAAAUAUGGCAAUACAUACCUGGAAAGGUGUUGCUUUUCCUCAUCAAUUUGGUGUCUGCGAUUGCCCUGAUUUUUGAAGGAUACAAUCAAGGCGUGUAUGGCACGGUUAGCGGCACUCCCGGCUUCAUCAAAAUGGCCCAAAUCGGCCAUGAUGAUGUUGUUACCGACAGCAUCAAACAAGGUGGCCUCGCCGCUGCGUACUACUUUGGCGGUAUGUGGGGAUGCUUCAUCGGAGGAUGGAUGGGCGACAAGUUUGGCCGCAAGAACGGCGUCCUCGCGGGGACGUGGUUUGGCAUCGUCGGCGCCGCUCUCCAAGCAGCCAGUCAGAAUUCCAACAUGUUCCUGUGCGCUCGCGUCAUUGCGGGCAUUGGCAUCGGCUUCAUGAAUGCCAUUAUCCUCCCUUGGGUCAGUGAGCUGUCUCAGUCACACGACCGUGGCUCCAGCUUUUCGCUCGUCUUCGUCGCCAAUUUCCUCGGCAUCACCAUUGCCUACUGGAUCAACUUUGGGCUUCGCGAAUCUAAUGAGUCUUUUCAAUGGCGAUUCCCGCUUGCGUGGAUAAUUAUCCCUCUCAUUGUUGUUGAUGUGGCCGUUCCUUUCUUGCCAGAAUCACCACGGUGGCUCAUAGCGAAUGGCAAACGAACGGAAGCCAUCAGCAUCCUCUGUAAGCUUCGGGGGGAUCUGUCUUCAAAUGACUCCCAAAUUGUUGCCGAAGUCGAGCAGCUGGAUGCCAUUGUCGAAGCCACCCAUCACAAACGAAAUGACCUUGUUAAUAUUACUCUGGGCGGUCGCUAUUCAGGUAAACUCCACUUGGGAAGACGUGCCGUCAUGGGAUUUGCGCUGCAAUGGAUACAACAAUGGACAGGCAUCUUAGCCAUUGUGUCAUGGGCUGGCAAGCUCUUCAGCCUUGCGGGCUUCGACUCGUACAAGUCGCUCUUGCUGGCAGGACUUGUCAACUCUCUAGGCGUGCCUGGAACUGCAGCGGCAGCACUUGUAAUCGAUCGCAUGGGCCGUAUCAAGUCGUUGUUGGUUUCGUUUGUCAUUCAAGGCGUCUCGCUCUUCCUUGUCGCCGCUCUCAUCAAAACAUCCGAGGACCGUGCCGCAACUGACCGAGACUUGUCAGCAAAUCUCGGCACAGGAGCAGCCUCUUUUGUUUUUGUCUACCUCUGGUUCUUUUGCAUGUUUAAUAUUGUACCUUCAUGGAUCUACGGCACUGAGAUCUGGCCACAGGAAAUCCGUGCCAAGGGUUAUAGCUUCACUAUAUUCGGGUGGGCUACCGGCUGCGGCAUGACACAAUUCGUUAUUCCCAUCUUGCUCGACAAAUUGGGAUGGGCGACCUACGUGUUUUUCGGCUCCUUGAAUAUCGUAGCCUUCCCUAUUGUAUGGCUUACUUACCCUGAGGUUGCCGGCAGGUCAUUGGAGCAAGUCUCGUUGCUCUUCACGAGCGACAGCAUCUUUGUCAACAAGAACAUGGACGACUACGAGCGCCGCAUGGAUCAGGCAGGCGGAAAUGUCGCCAUUGCCGUCCGUCGCCUUCUUGACGAAGUGGAUGGGGAGUCUUCGCCUGUGCCAUCGAUCGAGACCACCGAGAAGGGUCCCGGAGAAGAGGCUGGUGGGCAAUCGGUUGUAUUGUAG